AUGGAUUCGAUAGAGUAUAUCUUCGAAAAGCCUGCUGUUACUGGUAGAAUUUCCCGGUGGAAAAUGUUGUUGACCGAGUAUGAUAUUCAGUAUGUGACCCAGAAAGCGAUAAAGGGGAGUGUUCUGUCUGACUACCUUUCUCACCUACCUGACGAAGGUUAUCAGCCGUUAAGGUUUGACUUUCCAGACGAAGACAUUAUGUUUAUCAGAGACUUCACUAUGCCAGGCUCCGAGAUAAGCCCUGAGGAAGGCCCCGAACCAGGAUUGCAAUGGACACUCGUGUUCGACGGUGCUUCCAAUGCCCGAGGCCAUGGCAUAGGUGCUGUUAUCACUUCUCCAACUGAUUUCCACCUUCCAUUUACCGUUAGAUUAUGUUUUGACUGCACCAAUAAUAUGGAAGAAUAUGAAGCAUGUAUCUACGGUUUGGAGGCGGCCAUCGACUUAAGGAUAAAGAUUCUUGAGGUAUACGGUGAUUCAGCUCUGGUAAUAAGUCAGGUAAAAGGUGAUUGGGAGACUUGGGAUAGCAAGUUGAUACCUUACAAGGAGCAUAUCAGGAAACUAGUAGCUACUUUGAUGAAAUAUCUUUUCAUCAUAUUCCUAGGGAAGAAAAUCAGUUAG